ACUGGUUUAUUAUAGGCGGGGCUGCAAGAGUCAAGGCAUAUAAAAAGGGACAGAGACGUUUGGUAACCAUUCGAUGUUUCAAGUUGCGCUGUAAGAGAUAGACGCAAAGACGCACAUUUAUCUUCACUUUUGGGAUUAAACUGAAACAAAACGGAUGCCAUUGUCGUGGUCAGAAAUGGGAGAGGGUUUGCGACCUCCUGGAGGAUGGUAGCCAACAGUGCGGUAGACGGCAAGCACCACUUGUCAGGCUCCUCGAGCUCAGAAUCUGCCGAGUUGGCGCAACUUCAGUCCCGGGUUGUUCCGAAACCCAAGCAGAAGUCUGCCUCGACCCCAUGCAAAUACCUAACCCACUUCCCCACGUUCAAAUGCAUGGAAGACUGCAGGAUCAUCACGGACACAGCGGCUCGACUGGAGCUGAGCGGCUUCUACUGGGGUCCUCUAGGAGUAGAGGAGGCCCACCGCAUGCUGAAGGAUGCCCCGCUGGGCAGCUACCUCAUCCGGGACAGCCGGCAGAAGGAUGUUUUUUUCACACUGUCCUACCAAGCCAAGACCGGGCCGGUCAGCGUCCGCCUCGACUACAAGCGGCAGAAAUUCUCACUGUCCGGCAACGAGCGCACUUUCCCCAGUCUUUUUGCCCUCUUGGAGCAUUACACCAACUCCCCCAAGAAAAGCCUGAGGGUCCCGUACAGGAAAUGGGAGCCCACGUUGCAAGAGCUUUGCAGGAAGCGCAUCAUGGAGCUCUGCGGCGGAGGGACGCAGGUUUCCGAGCUGCCCCUCACCAACGUGGCGCAAGGUUUUCUGUUGGAAUUCCCUUACAAAUUAUGACAUUGUUACGGUUGACCUUAACGCUCUCAUUAGGAGGCUGCCACCUAGAGAAAGUCUGUGGCACUGCACUGUCCUCCUUUCACUCCACUUUAACAAAUGAUGCUCCAUUCAUAAGGACACAAAAAGACAUUAAACCCAGAGAUGAAGUGGAUGAAGACUACUUGAAGAACAGACUAUGUGGAAGGACUAUAAUAAUAGUAUUGUGCACUUUCCUCCGUACUUCUCGGAAUACUCGGGCGUGGUGGCGGGAGCGCUUGAAAGCAGCCACUGUUACCACGUGAUUAAAUUCUGUAGCACACUGCACUACUCUAAUAUUAUCUCUAAUAUUUUCCUCUAGUUCAGCUAUGUCUGCCAGGCAGAUACAUUUGUCCAAAAUGGUUAUUAUUUUAUAUAUUGUUUUUAAUUAAACAAACUGAAAGUG